UGAAAACAGUAGGCCGGAAGUCGUAGUGGGCUGGUGGAGCUGGAGCAUAGACGCGGAGCUGCUCCAGGGGAAGCGUCCACUAUGGCUGAGACCCACAGCUUACAGGACCUCCAGCAGCCAGCUGUCUCCUCCAAGGUGUUUAUCCAGAGAGACUACAGCUCGGGAACCAUCUGCAAGUUCCAGACCAAGUUCCCCUCUGAACUUGAGUCAAGGCUCGAUAAGCAGCAGUUUGAGGAGACCAUCCAGACUUUAAACAACCUGUAUGCAGAGGCAGAAAAACUAGGAGGGAAGUCUUACCUGGAGGGCUGCCUGGCUUGUCUAACUGCUUAUACAAUCUUCCUCUGUAUGGAGACACACUAUGAAAAGGUGUUAAAGAAGAUUGCCAGGUACAUUAAGGACCAGAAUGAGAAGAUAUAUGCUCCCAGGGGCUUGCUGCUGACUGACCCCAUAGAGAGAGGCCUCAGAGUUGUUGAAAUCACCAUCUUUGAAGACAGAAGUAUUGGAUCCGGCAGAUAAAGAAUCUUGCGACUGAUGACUCUGUCCAGAUACUCUUCAUCUGUCUGGCAGCACAUAUUCAGAUAUCUGCUUCACCUGAAUGGAUGUAUAUAUAUUUUGAUCUGAUUCUUUCCUCCGUUAUUUAUAAGUACUCUGCUGUCUGCAUAUCGUUAUGUUUGUUAAUGUAUUUUAAUGUCUUUUUAUACAUAAGGCGAUGUACAGUCCAGACUGUCAGUAUUUCGACAGUGACACAUUUUUUUUGCUCUUCAAGCUCUGUUCUUCAGGACAUUCCAUUUGAAAUAAAAUAAUGGAUACUACAUUAAAGUGCCG